UGUUUCUUUUGAUAUGAAGAAGAUCUAAAUAUUUUUUAUUAUAAAAUUAAUUUUUAUAUAUUUAAUUCAAAAGUUAUUUUAAUAAAAAUGUGAAAUUUAAUUUGUUAUGCAAACAAAAAUGCAAGUUAAUAGAGAAGUUUUACAGGAAGGAUGGUUAAUUAAAUCACCACCAACAAAGAGGAUUUUACGAGCCAGAUGGAGAAGACGGUGGUUCACUUUGAAACAAGGCGAGAUUCCAGGACAGUUUUGUCUUGAAUAUUAUACAGACCGAAAUUGUAGAAAAUUAAAAGGUGUUAUAGAUUUAGAUCAAUGUGAACAAGUUGAUUCAGGAUUACGUUUAGAACAUCGAAAGCAAAAGUUUCAAUAUAUGUUUGAUAUAAAAACGCCAAGAAGAACUUAUUAUUUGGCAGCCGAUACAGAAAAUGAUAUGAGGGACUGGGUUAAUUGUAUAUGUCAAGUCUGUAAUUUACAUGAAUCUUCGAAUGAUCGCCAAUAUUAUAAUUUGUUGCUUUCACCAAAUGAUCAAUCUAAAAAAGAAUCUCAUGAAACAAUAAUAAACAACAGUAAAGAACGUGCAUCGAAUGUGAUAGCAGAAAUUCAAAUAGAAAAUCCAACAACAGCAUCAAAUAGUGAAAAUUUACACCGAACAUCAACAGACAAUACUAUUGCUGAAGCAAUUAGUGAUCUUAACAUUAGUGAAGAUGUACAAUGUACUAAUGAAAUGCCUUAUGUUAACACUGAAUUUAUAAAUAGAGAGGCAAGUAGUUGUGAUAAAAGCAUCAGUCUAGAUCAAAAUAACCGUCCUCAAGCUUUGAAAGAAAAAGCAAUAAGAUCUGGCAGUUUUAGACAAAAUACACGGGAUGAAUCUAAAAUAUUGAUAAAUGAUAACAAUAGUAAUUUUAUUCCAAACCAUACGCGUUCAAAAAGUGAACAGAUUUCGUCAAUAACAUUAAAGAGCCACGGUGGUGCAGUUAAAAAGAAAAUUCCAGAUAAUUUGGUACUAAACAAUACUGCCGAAGAUUCGAGUGGAAAUGUUGAACCAUCUCCAGCUUUAAGCACUUCUUCAGGACCAUAUAUACCGUUAAGUCAGUGUUUUUCAGGAAGCCCAAAGUACUGCAAUAAUCCUACUACUCCACUUAACAAUUUAGAUCCGAAAUUUUAUGAGACGCCACGGAAUAGCCACAUAAAUUUUGGACUAAAUUUAAGCAACGAUCAAUCUUAUUCUCCGAAAAUUACAAACUUCACGUUGCAAGAUAAGGCAAAAAGUGGACAUUCUAGCCCAACAGAUUCUGAAUCUGUAUUUACUGACGAAGAUGAAUCAACAUAUCGACCAUCUAGAAAUAACAGUGAUCGAAAAGCUCGACCAUCUGACAGUUCCGUGGAGAAUGAUCUUAUAGUGUUUUCUUAUGAUCAGAGGUUUUCCAAAUUUAGUUACGAAAAUUCCGAAACUGAUAAAAUAAAAACGAAUGAUAAAAAAGUAAAUGACAGUCCGCAAGAAGUAAAUCAUUUCAAUUUAAAACAGAAAUUGAAAAGCCGUUUAGAAUUGCAACCUAAGCAAAUAGAUGAUAGCAGGAACUCUAAAGAUUUUCCUCAAUUUUCUGAUACUGAAAAUACCUCCCCCGCUGCUUUGGCUAAGAACACCUCAAUGUGGGUUGCUGAUCAAAGAACUCAGCAAUAUUGCAAUAUGAAUAACUCAAUUGCAGCAUCAACACCAAAUCUCUACUCGGACAAUCAAAACAAAACAUUGAAUUUCGGAAAUAUUCAAAGUGGAACACUUCCACGUUCAAACCCAUUCAUGAAUAUGGAAAGAAAUGAAGAAAAUAUAUUUCGUUACGAUUUUAUUGAAAGGGGGAAAUCACAACUUUUAAAUGAAGGAGACAUUUUACCUCCAGUAAAUCGGGAAUUAAAGCCAAAAUAUAAUUUUGAUAAUACGGGAUCUAAUUCUAUGCAAAGUAAAUCAACAAAUACUCUUAAUAAGAUUACAUCUGAUUUGUUUCCUAUCCGACCACCAUCUAUUGAUAGAACAUUAAAACCUGCUUUCAAGUCAGCCGAAUCUCCUAAUCGUCGUAGUCAUAUUCCAACAGCUUCGUUAACCAUUCCCAGCGAAUUUUCUUCGUUAAAUAAUGCUGGAGAAAUUCAAACGCAAACAUUACCUCGAAUGAAUCAACCCUCCAGUUUACAACAUAAUAAUAAUAUGAACAAUAAUAAUAAUUCAUUUAUUAAUAAUAAUCAAGGAAAUGCAAUAUAUAACAAUAAUAAUUUGUUUUUGCAGAAUAUUACUUCACCAGUAAGUGGCAGUGUUCCUGCUGGAAAUUCUUUUUCUAAUAAUUUACAGAUUCCGGCAAAUCAAAUUCAGAAAUUGGAAUAUUGUGAUUUAGAAAUUACAAAUGGACCAUGUACAAAUCGUUCCAGCAUUAUUAGUACAAUAUCACAACAAAGCGAUACUAAAACUCCUCCAAAAAGUAAUACAGUCUAUAGAUCAAUUGAUUUUGAAAAAACAAGAGUCUUAAAUCAAAUUAGAGAAGAUCCGCAAGGUAGAACUAGAAGAAAAGAUUAAAGAGUUUUAACUUUUUUUAAUAUUACAAAAAAAUGUCUUUGAUCUAUACACGUAAUAUUAUAGGAUAUAUCAUUUUUAAAUUAAAAAAAUAAUAUAACAAUUCUUAGAAUUAAUUAAUAUAUUUUAAACACGCCUACAUAUUUAUAUAAAGUAAAUAUUAUAAAUAUUCUAGAAAGAUAUAUGAAGCAAAUGCAAAAAAUGUUAUGAUUUAUUUUUAUAUUUUAAUCUAAAUGUUGAAAAAUAAUUUCUCUAAUUGCUAUUUUAUUUAAAAUAUGAAAAGAAGAAACUAUUUCAGAAAAAUUAAAAAUUUUAGUGACAUAUCAAAUGAAUCUUAGUCUACAUUUAAAAAUUACUAUAGCACGCAGUAGCCUUAUAUAUUUAAAAUACAAUAUAUGUAUGUAAGUAAUUUUGUAUAUUAACAUAUAAAAUGUAGUUUAAAUUUUUUAUAUUAUAUAAACCCUAAUAAAUUUGUACAUAUAUUGUAUUUUAAAAUAUCUCUAUAUUUUUUAUAUAGUGUUUUUGAUAUAAAUAAAUGUUGAAAAUUCGAAUCUGAAAAUUUAUAAAUAAUCAAAUAUUUUUACUAAGUAAACAAACAUA